AUGGAGUAUAUUCGAUAUCGAGAUAUCGAAAUCACCAUCCCAUCAGCUACCUUGGGACCUGUUCAAUGGAAAGAUUUGGAGGCAAAGUUUACACUGAGGUUCACCAAAUUUAAAAGGGAUACACCACGAGAGAAUGAAAUGAUAUAUCUUGCUCCUCUCGAUAAUGACGAAGUUAAUCAUGUAUGCCUGUUAGCUUUGUUGAUUUCACAUUGUUUACACCAUGGAUUGGUACAACCGGUGGGAGCCAAGAGUCUACAAGAUGUUUUAGACCACGCAGUUUCGUCGGGAAUAUGUACAAUUCAAUGGGUUUAUCCCGACUAUCCAGUGAUGGUUUCUUUAGCACAUUUCAGAAUGCUCUUGAAUGUUACCGCGUCGGGAUCACAACUAUCGCAAACUGUUAAGCUUAUGGGGAUCAUGUCUGGGGUUGUUGCAAAUCUGACUCGCCACUCUCUGAGAUCAGCCGCUGCAAGGGAUGUAUCUCAUCUACCUGGUACAGCCUUUGACGGUGUCGGGUUGACUACACCAGCAGUAGCAGCAGUUUUGAAUCACUCGGAAGCAACCUUGGCCCAUGGGACAUCAAGACAUUAUGCUGGUGAGAUGUCAGCACCUGUGUUUAAUGAACGUAUUAAGGCGAUGCCAACUCCACGGGGAGCACCUAAGAUCACAAGUGACCCAGUGUUUGAUAUCUAUCGACCACCUGUAUCUCUCGAAGAAGUUCAAACAUGGCAAAAGGAUAAUCAAUCAACUGAUCCUAAUCCAUUAUCUUUCAAUGCUAUAUGCAAGGCUAGGAAAGCCAUCAGAGAUGCACGCUUGUAG